UUGGCGUGCGCGCGCAGCAGCAUCCACCGUGUCCAUGGCGAUAGGCAGUCUUACGCUAACGGACAACAGUUGCCGGUUAGUUGCUGUCUUAGUUUCAUUGCUAGCGGGUGUUUAACGUUAUGGCUCCACGGCAUAUACUUCACGAUCUUAGCGUGACGGAGCAGCGUAGCUUUGUUGACUCCUUCGAUACGGUAAUCAGCGAUUGUGAUGGCGUCAUUUGGCUACUUGUUGGCUGGAUACCAGGUACCGGCGAUGCAAUUAAUGCACUUAAGAACGCCGGCAAAUGUGUCAAAUUCGUGUCCAACAAUAGUUUCCGUACGGGCGAACAAUAUAUGGAAAAAUUUGAGCAUAUCGGUGCCGUCAAUGUGCAGGACGAUGACAUCGUACAUCCGGCAAAAAGUAUUGUGCGAUAUCUGAGCUAUAUGAACCAGCCAGAAUUACGCGUUUAUUCGCUAAUGUCGCUGGAAGCCAAUGAAAUGUUGCGUAAGCACAACAUAGAGUAUGAGUCGCUGCAAAUCAAGGAGCACUUGACGACAGCGACACUGGUUAACUAUUUGGCCAUUGAGAGACCUGUGGAUGCUGUUCUCUUUGACAUAAACCUGGAUAUGUCGUACGUGGAACUGGCCAAGGCUAUACGUCAUCUCCAGUUGAAUGAGAACUGCAAGCUGAUAGCCGGUGGCAGCGAUAUUAUUAUGCCACUGGCCGAGAACCUCAAUGUGGCGGGCUUCUAUGACUUUUUGCAGCACAUCAGCCGCUAUACGAAUCGCAAGGCAAUCUUCCUUGGAAAACCAGCACCUAUUCUGGGCGAUAUGCUCAAGGAAAUGUUCAAUAUACAUACGCCUCAGCGAUGCCUCUUUGUGGGAGACAUGCUCGUGCAGGAUAUACAGUUCGGCAAGAUGUGCGGCUUUCAGUCAUUGCUCGUCCUCUCUGGUAGCCAGACCAAAGAUCAGAUGAUUGCCGCUUCACCUGAAGCGCAGCCAGACUACUAUGCCGACAGCCUGGCCGAUUUCAUUCAGUUGUUUAAAAACAUACAGUAGCCGAUGAUUGAAAGCAACAAAACUAAAGGCCGAAUUGCGCACAUUGACUAAUUUAUUGUUGUUGUCAUCGAUGCCUAGUCCUUUGAAUAUUCACAAAAUAUAUUUUACUUUCUAUUGCAUCA